CAGCACACCGUUAUUUUGGAGAUCCGCGCUCUCCGUCUCUCUCUUACGCAUACACGUACACUCUCUCUCUUACAUGCACGUGUACAGACACACACUCUCUCCCUUACUCCGCUGCCCCUCCUGCCUCUCGCUCUCUCCGUGCCCCUCUCAUUUAUUCUGUGCCCCGGAGAAUUCCUCAUCCAAACCUCAAUCACGUAUGAUUGCGUAGAGUGAGAGAGAUCGAAAGGUGAGCCCAUUCACGCUUGCCUGGUCGGCGAUAGCACACGCCACACAUCCAUACGGAACGCAUUGGAAAUACUCCUUUAGGCUACACCAAUGGUUUGUGGGCAAUAAGAAAACAAAUGCGUUUGGGGUAAUCUUUAUAGCCUACCUACGGACAAUAAUAACAACAAAACGCAUAUUUGUUUUCUCUCAUCGUAAAAGCCCAAAUCACCAUGUUGCUGCUGCAUUCUCGCAGACCAUUGUCUUUCCCGGAGAGUGCUCGCGGUGUCUGCUACUGGUAGAGGUGCUGGUGCGCUGGCACAAAUGCCCGUAGUCCUCGAGAGCGAGUGGGGCAGCCAAACAGACAGUCACCUAGCUCUCGUCGCCUCUCGAUUCGGCGUUGUAAUUUGGCUUAAUACGUUGAAAAGUUACGAGGCGUUGCAUUAACGCAGCUGUUGAUGAAUUUGUUUACAGUGGAGUUUAAGGUGUCCCGAAUGCUGGAUAUUUUGCCACUUACCGACUUUCCGUGCACAUGAGGAUUGCACAGAGUCGAUCUUGUCAGACUUGGCGCCAUUCAACUGGAAUACCUGAGACUCAAUUGUGUGCACGCACGCACGCACGCACGCACGCUCCGACAACGCACAAACUUAUUUACCACUGUUGUGACUUUUUUUGAAUAGCCUACAUUUUGUAGCCAUGCUUUUAUCUGCGUGUAAAUUUGCGGCAUAUGUUUUAUGAGUCAAUGGCAUUUGACGCUUUCCCUGCAAGGAAUUUGUGACUGUAGGCUGGUAUCGUUCCCCAUGAUGCAGUAUGGAUGCCCGAUGAUGCGCGGGACUUGGUGGAUUUUCUAAAGGGGAUCGGAAUGACAUUUGAGUAAACCCCCGUGGACCGUAAAUUCGAUUUUCUCCACCCGGUUCCUUUUGCACCAAACAGCUGCACACAACUCGACAUCUGUCCAACGAUUCUGGGCUCGGUUUCGGUUCGGCUCGCCCGCGAGGGAGAUGGCCGCAAUCGCCAGCUCCUUGAUCCGACAGAAACGCCAGGCGAGGGAGUCAAACAGUGACCGGGUCUCCACUACUAAACGGCGCCCCAGCCCCAGCAAAGACCCACGUUCCAUAUGCGAGCGGCAUUUCUUGGGGGUCUUCAGCAAAGUCCGUUUCUGCAGUGGCAAGAAAAGACCAGCCGCUCGGCGGCGACCAGAUGCACCCUCCAAACCUCCACAGGUGUCCCGUAAGGGCGGCAGGCUAGAGCCGCAGUUGAAAGGCAUCGUGACACGAUUGUUCAGCCAGCAGGGCUUCUACCUGCAGAUGCAGCUGGACGGCUCUAUCGAUGGCAGCAAGGACGAGAACAGCGACUACACACUGUUUAAUCUAAUUCCUGUGGGUCUGAGGGUGGUGGCCAUCCAAGGGGUGAAGGCCGGCCUCUACAUUGGAAUGAACGGAGAAGGAUUCCUCUACAGCUCAGAAAUGUUCACGCCGGAGUGCAAGUUUAAGGAGUCGGUGUUUGAGAAUUACUACGUGAUCUACUCGUCCACUGUGUACCGGCAGCAGGAGUCCGGUCGGGCCUGGUUUCUAGGCCUUACCAAGGAAGGCCAGGUCAUGAAGGGGAACAGGGUCAAGAAAACCAAGCCCUCCUCACACUUUGUCCCCAGGCCCAUUGAAGUGUGUAUGUACAGGGAGCCGUCGCUGCAUGAGAUCGAGGAGAAACAGCGCUCCAGGAAGAGCUCAGGGACUCCCACCAUGAACGGAGGGAAAGCUGUCAACCAGAACUCCUAGCAGCAGGGCCCCAAGGGUGGGGGGCCCGGGUCCCCCCUCUCUUAAAUAGAGGGGAGAGAGGCUACAGACCCCCUCACCAACAUGCCCUCUGAAGGGAUGGGCCGCCACGAGGGGGAGGAGCUACACCCAAGAUGACAAAAAACUGAACUCUCGCCUGUGAAAAUCUUUUAGACGAAUAUCAAGAUAAACCCAGAGGAAAA